ACAAUCUGAUGAUCUAGCAGAUGAUCCAGCUACCGAAGCCAGGAGAAGAAACCAUGCAUCCGUCUAUAAGAAACGUGGGCACGUUGCUGCCGUUCCUGGUCGUGCUGUUGGGCCAGGUGGCCAUGUCGUUCGUGCUCGAGGGCUCGGCCACGAGUUACGCCCAGUUCAGGAAAUGGAACGCGGGGUUGAACGGCACGUUGGAGUUCGAGUUCAAGACCGAGCAGGGGAACGGUCUGCUGCUGUACACGGACGACGGGGGCACGUACGACUUCUUCGAGGCGAAGCUCGUCGAGAGCGCGCUCAGGUUGAGAUACAAUCUGGGAGGCGGUGUGCAGAUCGUGACAGUCGGCCACGAUCUCGGCGACGGCCACUGGCACAAGGUGCAGAUCACAAGGUGCGCGGAGAACACCACGUUGACCGUGGACGGCGUGAGCGCGGUCUCCACCUCCCGUGGGAAGGAGUUCGAGUUCGGCAAGCUGGCCGGCAAUUCCGACGUUUACGUGGGCGGUAUGCCCAGCUGGUACAACAGCAAGCUCACGUUGCUCGCGUUGCCGAGCGUCAUCUUCGAGCCUAGGUUCAACGGGUUGAUCAGGAACCUGGUGUACGCAGAUGGCGAGAACACGGUGCCGAGGAGGCAGGAGAUGAAGAGCCGGGACGCCAAGUGCGGUGGAUUUCCAUGCGUGGAGAGCAUGAAGCGCAAAUCGGCGAGGAGUUUACGCAACAUGAUGACAGCCAAUACGACGGACGCCUGUGAAACGCGUGAUCCCUGUCAACACGGCGGAAUCUGCAUAUCAACCGACAGUGGACCCAUCUGCGAGUGUCGGUCCGGCGAUUAUGAGGGUGCCUAUUGUGAGAAAGAAGCAUGGAGCACGGUGCUGCCUACGGCGGGUGCUGGUGAUUACUGGGCGUGGGAUUACAAUAAAGCGCCUUCCGAAGCCUCUUUCAAAGGAACGGAAUAUCUCACGAUAGAUUUGAGCAAAGGAGAUCCAAUUUUGAGCACACAGGAAACCGUUAAUUUGCAAUUUAAAACAAAGCAACCGAAUGGCCUUUUAUUUUAUUCCGCCAAUGGACGUAAUCGCGCUUCCUGCCCAACCGGGGAAGGAGAUGAUUAUCUGACCAUAUCUCUAAGAGAUGGAGGGGUGGCUGUGGGCAUGACUUUGGCCAAAGGGAGAUUAGAUCUGCACAUAAAGCCUGUUCGGGUCCGGUUCGACGAUAAUCAAUGGCACAGGAUCAUCGUUCACAGGAAAGUUCAAGAGAUAUCCUCCAUCACCAGCUUUUGCAGGCUGUCCGCCAUCGUCGAUGGGAUUUACGCGGAGCACGGCCACACUGCGGGCUCGUUCACACAUUUGGCGAGCGAUCGACUGCUGGUGGGCGGAGGCGCCGACGCGAGAUCCCUCCAGGGCGCCAAGGGGAUCAACAACUUCAACGGAUGCCUGAGGAAGGUCGAAUUCGUCGCGGAGGGGGUGAAAAUGGAGUUGAUCGAGGCGGCCAGGAGUGGAGCCGCCGGUGCUGCCGCCUGGGGCAAAAUGGAUUUCCACUGUCGGGAGCCGAGAUCCUCGGAUCCAAUCACCUUCACCACGAGGGACUCUCAUCUCAAGUCUACGGCGACAAUAAGUGCGGGGCGACUUCACGGCACCGUGGUCUCCUUCACCAGCCCAGAGUCCCACCUGGUGCUGCCACCUUGGAGGGCGGCCAAGUCUGGUAGUAUAUCCUUCAAAAUCCGUACCAACGAACCUAACGGAUUGAUUAUGUACAGUCGUAGCGGAGCUCAUACGAGGCAAGAUCUUUUCGCAUUCGAAAUCUUUGGAGGUCACUUAUAUCUACAUAUCGAUCUUGGAAGCGGACCUGUAAAAGUAAAAUCGUCAAAACAACGAAUCGACAAUGGAAUCUGGCACGAUGUAGCACUUCGUCGUGUCGAACGAGACGGACGUGUCACCGUAGACGAUUCGAUAGUUGAAUUUCGCACACCAGGUGAUUCGACGCAACUAGAUCUAGAUGGAUUACUGUAUAUCGGUGGUGUGGGUGCUCCAUUUGCACCCCUUACAGUUCCUCCAGUACUGUGGACAGGUGCCUUGAGACAGGGUUACGUUGGUUGUAUAAGGGAUCUUGUCAUAAACGGGCAACAAAUCGAUAUCGCUGGAUAUGCUCAACAACAGGACUCUGGUGCUGUCAAACCAGCUUGUCAUUUUCAACAAUCCCACUGUCCCUCACAACCUUGCAUGCACGGUAGCCACUGUAUCGAAGGAUGGAACAGAUUUCACUGUGAUUGCACUGGAACACAAUACACUGGUCCUACUUGUGGGAAAGAUGCAUCAACGUUGCAUCUGAACGGAACACAGCAAAUGACAGCAUUGAUGCCAGAGGAUUCGAAAACCCAGACUGAAGAAAUAGUAGUUCGCUUCAAAACUACCAGACCACGUGGUCUUCUUCUAGCCACGAGUUUAGAAAAUAGUUCGGAUCGAUUGCAACUCUACCUUGAAGAGGGCAAAGCAAAGAUGCUGAUCCAUAUCGGGGACAAAGAAAAGACAUUAGUUGCUGGACAAGGUUUAAAUGACGACAUGUGGCACACACUAAGGUUCUCCAGAAGAGCAAGCUCUUUGAAAUUCCAAAUCGAUGACGAAGCUGCUGUACGGGCCGAAACACAGCUUGGCAAACAGAGCAUUUUGGAAUUUCGGACGCUCCACGUCGGUGGCUACUUGCACGCGGGGGAGGAAAUCCCGCAUUUCGUCGGCCAGCUCCAGCAAAUCUGGUUCAACGGUUACCCGUACCUGGAAAUAGCGCGUAGCUCCGGAAAUCAUCAGGCAUCUCAUCAAGGUGUAACGCCGAUUAUUAGAGUCACAGGGAAAUUCGGAAAGCGGAACCAUCCAGUGCAUCAUCCUGUGACUUUCACGUCAAAGCACACGUUCGUUGGUUUACCUGUGUUGAAAGCGUACGUGGAAACGAACAUCUAUUUCCAGUUCAAAACACGCGAGGCAAAUGGUUUAAUUCUGUACAACGCCGGUCGUGAACGUGAUUUCAUCGCAGUCGAAUUAGUAAACGGGCAUAUUCACUAUGUGUUCGACCUCGGUGAUGGCCCGGUCAGGAUCAGAGACACUUCGAGAUCCAAGCUGAACGAUGGAAAGUGGCACGCGGUCAGCAUCGGAAGGCCAGCUCCAAAAAGACAUACUCUCGCAGUUGACGACCACGUCACCGCUGUGAAUAGUCAGGGUAGCAACGAGAAUCUUGACCUGGAUGGAAUUUUAUAUAUCGGUGGUGUGGAGAAAUCACAGUAUGGUCAACUACCGAAACAAAUACUCAGCAAACAUGGUUUCGAGGGAUGUCUCGCAUCGUUGGAUCUUAGUGGCGAGAGCACCAACCUGAUUUCCGACGCGGUGGUCCCUAGCUCUUUAGUAGAAUCCGGUUGCGAUAUGUAUGCCAAUCUGCAUCCUGGCAAAAAGUGUACACACGAUGUGUGCUCGAAUCAUGGCACGUGCGUCCAACAAUGGAACAGUUAUACAUGCGAUUGUGACAUGACCAGUUUCACAGGGCCAACAUGUAACGAAGAAGCGGCGGCUUAUGAAUUCGGACCAGGAAAAGGAAUCAUCACGUACACCUUUCCGCCAAAUCAAAGACCGGAAAUGAAGAAAGACACCGUAGCUUUGGGCUUUGUAACAAGCGUAAACGAUGCUGUACUCGUCAGAAUAGAAUCUGCUUCGAGCGACGACUAUCUUGAGAUUGAAAUUUUGGAGGGAAAUGUGUUCGCCUUUUACAAUAUGGGCACAAACGAUCAUCCAAUCGGUGAAGUCGGUGUAAAAGUGAAUGACAAUCAAUAUCACGUAGUAAGAUUCACAAGAACAGGGCCGAACAGCACGCUACAGGUCGACGAUUACAACUUGCAAUCCAAUCAUCCAUCUGGUCGUCAAUUGACGGUGUUCAAUAGUCAAUCAACCAUUCAAAUUGGCGGUCGAUGGAAUCGCAACAAAGGCAGAGUGGAAAGGCCAUUCUUGGGUAUAAUUGCCGGUCUUGUUGUAAAUGGUGCACGAAUUUUAGAACUUGCUGCUUCGAAAGAUGGAAGAGUCGUCACCAGAGGAGAUGUUCAAUUAUUACCUCCUGGAAGUCUUCUGGAUCGCGCAGCUCCAUUACAGAGAAUGCAACAGACACCAGCUUCCGGUUUUCCGGGAGUCAUGGACGAUCUAAUAUUUUCUGGCGCCGGAAGUGGUUGUGCCGCUGAUGAUGAGGACGAAGAAUGUACACCAAUUUAUGAGCCUGGUUCCGGUAAGUACGACAUAAUAACACCGGUGUACGUCGCGCCAACGAGGUCGCCGACGACAUUUAGGCCGAAGCACCAUAAAGAGAAUAUUCAGGAGCGUCCUUCCUGCGACGACGAGGAAGAUUGUGAGGAAGGUUCCGGAGAACCAGUCACCACUGAGGAGAUAUUUGUCACAUCGACCACUGCAGACUCGAGCUCGGCGGUGUACACGACGGAACGCGAGUACACGACCAGCCACAUCAGCACGCAAACGUCUCCAGCCUCGCCGACGACAUCGACCCGGGACAUCGUCACCGUCUCCGUCCAGUACAAUGUGUCAACCACAGACCUCGAAACCAGCCACGCCAGUAGCGUUGUGACGCAAAGAUCGACUACUGUGAUGCCUCAAACGCCUACUACAGAGAUGACGGACCCACCUCCACGACAACCACCCCCGAUGUUCCCGCCGAUGCCAACGCCACCAAAGAACAAUAAUAACAAGAGGAUAACGUCCGAGGCGGCGGAGAAUGCUGCCUUAAUAAUUGGCAUCAUAGCCGCGGCGUUGAUCGCCAUUGUUCUGAUCAUACUGAUCAUCCUCAAGUUCAAAAAUCGUCCAGAGACCAGUUACAAAGUUGACGAGACGAAAACCUUCUGCCAGGAUCCAAAUGCGGCACUGCUGGGCGCCGCUGGUUCCGGUCAACCGUUCAAUGGUCCCUUGAAAAAUGGCGCCAAUGGUAGCAAAACUAACAAGAAACGAGAACUGAUAGAUAUCAAAGAGUGGUAUGUGUAGAGAUGGCUCGUCUUCAAGAUUCAUGCGUCCGCUUGAAUUGCACACGUGCUUCUUCAUCUUGUGGCAAGAUGAAUAAUAGGAAACUCUGAGAACUUGACGAGGAACGUAUAAGCCUCUUCUUAGGUCCUUAUUGGUGCUAGGAGAACUAUUAAAUAUAAUUUUGAACACAAUAUUGAUCAGCAUAAAAUAGUGUGUUCCUUGUGGGCGAACGAAUGAAAAAGAAGAAAAUAGUGUUCGAUUUCAAUUUAAUGAAUCACGAACUAAUUUAAACGUCGUGAUUUAGCUAAAUCGUUAAAUACGAUUUAAACGAGGUUCGACGAUCAUCGAUCAUCAAAAGAUCAGAUCUCCUCAAAGCGUUAGAUGAACCAUAAGCAUAUCUAUAAUAUUAUGUAUAUCGAUGGUGAUCGAACCUGGUCGAUGAUUAUGCUAUUUGAAAUUGUAUGCAUCAAAAUGCAAGACAGCAUCUUGUACGACAGACACUGUUUGAGGUUAGGAACGUCAAUUGGUGUCGUAGAUGUCGCCGCGCAUCAAAAAAAACCAAGAUCAAUCGCGCCGAUCGGAAAUACAGAAGAAGAAGAAGAAGAAGAAAUGCUGAUCAGAAAGAAAGAAGAAAGGAAGAGAUAGAGGCAUGAAAGUGCAUUGGAAAAAUAAAUCGAAUAAUUGUGCCGAUCGAAAAGAGCGGUGGCGGACGUAGAGCACGGCGUUAUUACUCUUCGUUAGAGCGAUGCUCGGCUUUGAUUCCAAUACUUUCUCAGUAUUUUGCAGUGCUGAGUGACGUCAAGCACAGGCAACGAAAUUUAUAGCAUUGAAUCCUUGAAAUACGAUUGCAAUCACAUAAGAAAGAAAAAGAAAAAUAGAAAGAUAUUGUGAAUUCUUGUUAUAGACUCAAAAUCAAACUUCUUUCUUGUUGCUACGUAUUGUUAGUUGUGUAUUAUAUUCAUUAUAUAUGGAAAAAUUAUUACGUACUAUAAUAAUAUUUACAUGUGCAUGAUCCUCCUUUUUUUCUCCAUUUUCAAAAGAAACUCGGAGAAAAAAAAAUAAUUCGAAGAUAGAUAUUAUAUCUAUGAAGUAUACGUAUUUCGAGGAUGGAAAAAAAAAUAGAAGAAGAACAAUUUUGCUUUUGUUUAAACGUUGUCAUAGUCCAUGAUACAUACGUACACGGAUACGAGAAAGUGUUGGAACUAACGCGUAAGGACGAAAGUAUCAAUACAAACGAUCCUAUCUAGCGAUUAAUGAACUUAUUGUUGUAUAGAAGAAGAA